AUGGCUUCCACGGCUCCUCGCCGUCGCCGACCGAACCGCAAGUCCAAGGUCAAAACCGACAGUAGCAUCGCUCUUCCACCUUCGCCGCCGAUCACAUUUCAGCUCGUCACCGCCAUCCGCCGUAACGACCUCGACGCCUUCUCGUCUCUGCUCCAGACUCCGCAGCUUGACGUGAACCGCCGUACACCGCAGGGUGACACCCCGUUGGUUGAGAUCUGUCGCUAUGCGCGUUUAGAAAUGGCUACACGUCUGCUUUCCGUCCACGGAGCCAACGUCAACGUCGCCAGUAGCAACCGCAGCGCCAACCGUGUGGGCCUGACACCACUCAUUGCUGCAUGUAUGGCCCUCCAGCCAAAACUGGUGGCGCUGCUGCUGUCCCAGUCCCAAAAGAAGGUGAACUUACUCAAAUCUUUCGGAAGAGUGAAUGCGGCUACAGUUUUAUUGCUCUUUUGCGUCGCUAAUGGCCGCACAGACGAGCAGAAUGACACGGCGCUGUUGCUUCUGGAGCAAUUAUUAACGUACGCCAAGCAGCAGAACCAGUUGGAGGAAAUAUUGACCGCCAAACCCGAUAAAGUAAAUUCUCUGCUACAUGUAGCGGCAGGACUGGGCAAUUGGAAGGCGCUGAGGAUGUUGAGACAACGUGCUGAAGACUUUGAUGUGGAAUUUAACGCUCGAAACGCCGUGGAACACUCCGCGCUGCAUAUCGUGGAGAUGAACGCGUUCCAGGCCAGAUCAAUGCAGUUCUGCGAGCCUCCACGUCCAGAUGUGGAGGCUGGAGGGAAGAAGAAUAGGGGACGGAACCGAAGGAGACAGAAGCAGAAGAAACAAGAGGACAAAGAAGAAGAAGAGAAGGAUGAAGUGAAAGAGGAACAAGAACAAGAACAAGAGCUGGAAUCGAGUGAAGCAGAUCGCGCUGUGGAAGCACUCGAAGUGACGCGGACUGUGAUGGAGCUGGCCAAGAAUACAGGAAUUGGCGCUAUCUUUUCGCGUAAGGGGGAUGAAGGUCUUCGAGGACUUUACAUAAAAAGUCUCGUGCUAGCAGAAGUGGGUCUCGUCUCUAUUGUUAAUGAGAUCGCUCAGAUGCCAGUCACGCAAAAGGAGAAAGCUGUGUAUCUGGAUGGGUUCAUGUACACUGUGGCGUCUGUGUACCCCCUCUCUGUCAAAAACGCAAAGGAGUACCAGUCACUUUGGCGUCAAGCACUCGACAAGAAGUCCACACAGAACACUGAAGCAACGGAUGAUGAGCGUGUAUCUGUGACUGACGCAGCAACGAUGGAACUAUCUCGUGCCGGAUUCAACUUGAUCCUGGACGGCAUGUUCUCGUACAACAGUAUUUCCAAGCGCGUGAAGGUGUGGACUCUGAUCCUCAUGCAUCUACUCACUCCAUUCGCCACUGGAUCUCCUCUGGCUGCCGACAAGCGACCUGUUAUGGACGAAUGCAGUCAGCUCAAGUUCUUCGAGCGCAUCAUUGAGAAGAUUUGCCGUUCAGGCACGAAGCUCGCUUUCUGCAUUUUUGACCGCACAGACAUCGAAGACGACGAUAGUUAUGACGAUGAGAUCGAGUUUCACUGGCUGAUCUCAUUGUUCGAGCUCUUUCUCCAGUUCUUCGCGCCGUAUGCUCGCACAAUCCGUGACGAGGAAAGUAAGGAACCCCUGGGAAUCAUUAAGAGUUUCCAGCGUGCGAUCAAGCCCGUGAAACAGCUAUGGCCGCUGGUGAACGCUGCGUUGGGAAUUAUGGAUGACACCAUUUCGACGCCGCAACGCUUCUCACUACUGCUUCACUUGCUGCAAGUGCUCGAGCAACUAGAAGCUGCGUUUACGUCCAACGAAGACAUGGCGCUAGUGAAGCUGUUUGGGGUUAUGAACCGCUUUGUCAAGCAAGAGGCGAAGAAGAAGCGCUUCAAGAUGUUCGUAUCGGAGCAAUCUCAUCUCUUGCACACGAUCGCAGCGACGUUUCCAAUCCCGACGUCCUUCACGGACAAAGUGAUCCCGUUGAAGAAUAGCGUAGAUGUUCUGAUUCGCUCCGACCCCAAGGUGUUAGGCAUGGACUUGUAUUCGUUCGCAGCCAUCCCAGGACUUAUUCGUCUCGAGCACAAAGUGGACUACCUGUCAAUGCUGGCAGAAGAGCGCAACGGAUCCGUCUCCGUGUCCAUCAGUCGAGCGUCUGACGCUAAUUACGUGGACUUUAUCCUGCAGCAAAUUCUGAGCACUUCGACGAAAAAUUUGAAGGCGGAAAUGAACAUCACGUUGGUGAACGAACCGGGCGUCGGUGCUGGCGUCACGCGGGAGUUUUUCCAGAUCGUUCAGCGAUGUUUCUUCCAACCAGGAUCAACGGGAAGCUCCCAGUCUCGUACUGUUCUACCAGCGCCGCACGUUCAGGAGAUUGGAGCGCAAUGGCUUCAGCUUGCUCGGUCUCAGAACUCUCAAGACGGGAACUCGAGCAAGAAACGCAACGCUAAACAGAGCCAACCGACUCAAAGCGGUGGCUUUGCAGACUUGUUCCCGCUGUUUGACUACGUGGACAAACAGAAGCGUGGAGUUGUGGGCAUCGCGCCGCGACCAGUAUACAUCAGCAAGCAAGUGAUGGACGCGAAGCGUAAAGCCAAGAGCUUGAGUUUAUCUCGCAAAGACAUGCUCGUGGAUCCCAGUGAAGUGGACGCACUGAAGAGAGUGUAUCUCUGCAUUGGUCGCUUGAUGGGGUUGGCAAUUCGCAAUCAUCAGCCACUUGCUGUCGAUUUUCCGUUGGCUUUCUGGAAAUUGAUGAUGCGAGACGGCUCAGUGACGUGGGAGAAUUACUGUGAGAGUAGCGCCGUGUUCAAACGCAGUCUUCAAUUUGUGUUGGAUCACGAUUUCGACGCACAGUCUCUGGAUAUGCGCUUUGAGUACACGACACAAGUGGUGAUAGUGGACGAAGACGCGAGUACGAAGCAGAAGGACGAGUCUGACGUUGUAGCUGCGUCUACGACGAGUAUGGAGAUGGAGCUGCAAGAUGGAAUGGGUAACGUUGAAGUGACGAACGCCAACAAGGCGCAGUACGUGUUGCUGCGUGCUCAGCAGUUCUUCUUCGGCCACGAAUUAAUGUACUACAAGAAGAUCCGAGAUGGCUUCAACGACACAAUCGUGCGUUCGGAUCUGAAACUUUUCCGUCCUGAAGAGCUCCAACGUCUUGUGAGAGGAGAACAAACGAUCGAUCUCCAGAGUCUGAAGAGGAUUGUGGUGUACUCGCGAGGUGCGUUGCCGUCUCGGGGAGUUGUUCAGCGCUUCUGGGAAGUCGCUGAGGGUUUCGAUCAAGAAUAUCGCUCCAAGCUGCUGACUUUCUGGUCGGGCUCGCCAUUACCGCCCAUUUUCGGCUUCGACUCGACGUAUCGCUCCAUGAACGCGGACAUUGCGUGCUGGUACAUUGAUGUGGACACACGAAUGCAGCCGAGCUUCUGUCCCAUGGCCAACACUUGUGACCGUCGCUUGAUUCUCCCGGACUACCCAUCGAGUGCUAUGCUACGAGAGAAGCUGUUGGUGGCGCUGGACCAUGGCAGUGUCGGCUACGACCGCAUUGAGGCUAACACUUUAGCUGGGUCGUCCACAGCCCAGAUGGACACGUUGAGGCUCAACCCGAAGGCGAGACCCACGACGACCAAGAUGAAGCAAGUGAUUGGACAAGUGCUGGCGGAGAAACUGGAUAAUGCGAGUUACCAGUCAGAGCGAGCGGCGAUGCUGACUAAGGAGAUCGCAGAUGCGGUCAAGAUGCGGCUAAAAGAAUGCGACUUUCCUCGGUUUAAGUACGUUGUGCAAGUGGUCAUUGGGGAACAGCGAGGCGAGGGCGUCAGCAUUUUUACAAAGGUGUAG